AUGGGACACACCACGCUGCAGAUCGGACUGGACGACACAGACUCUGUCCGGGGGAUGUGCACCACGUUUCUUGCGUAUGCUAUGGUGGGCAUGCUGAGGGACCAGGGGGCCCGGUUUCUUGACUAUCCUCGCUUGGUCCGGCUCAAUCCCAACAUCCCCUGGAAGACCAGGGGAAAUGGGGCCGUUGCGCUAAAGGUCAGGACCGAUGAUGCCCCCAGGCUCAAGGAGAUGGCCCUGGAUAUGAUGGAGAGUCACGCAGACACGGCAAACGGGGCAAAUCCGGGCCUCGUCUUCCUCGAGGGGGACGACAUGCCGGGGGAGAUGAGCCGGUUUGGCAGCCUGGCCCUGUGGCGGCUGAUAAGAAGGCAGGAUGCCAGGAGGCUUGUCCGGCGGUGCGGCCUCGAGUCGCACCACCUGGGCAACGGCCAGGGGCUUGUGGGCGCCAUCGCAGCCCUGGGGUACCGCUUUGGGGACAACACCAUGGAGAUGCUAAGCUACAGGAGGGGCGACAGGUUUGGAACCAGGCGCGACAUAUCCGCCCCCAGCGUCAGGCGGAUGCAGGAGGAGGUGCCGUCCACCUUUGGCAGCUAUGAUGUCCGCCGGGACAGGGUUCUGAUCACGCCGGGCGGGCCUGACCCCGUAUUCUACGGAAUCCGCGGCGAGGAUCCAAAGUCCCUGCUGCGCGCAUCGGAGAUGAUCAAGGCAGGCGAGCCGCUGGCAGGAUACCUUCUCUUCCGAUCAAACCAGGGCACCGGGGAUCACCUGCAGAACCGCCUUGAUGCCCGUGACCUGAGGCCGUAUGACUCGGGUGUCAUAUCGGGCACGGUGGCGGCAAAGCCCGUGACUGGCCGCGGCGGCAACGUGUUCCUUGAUGUCGUCUCCGGCGGCAGGAACGUCUGCUGCGCGGUAUACCGUGAGACCGGAAUCGCCACAACGGCAGGGGAGCUGAUUGCGGGGGACGGCAUCCAGGUGGGCGGCGGCAUCCGGCGGGCGGCGCCGGGCCGCCCCAGAACCCUGAAUGUGGAGUUCAUCAGGGUCCUGAGGCUGGAGCGGGGCACGGUCUGGACCAAUCCGGCGUGCCCGCAGUGCAAAAAGAGGAUGAAGUCAAGGGGGCAGAACCAGGGGUACCGGUGCCAGAUAUGCAAGAUGCAGAGCCCUGCCAGGGUGUCCCGGCCGGUGCCACGGGACAUCCGGCGGGACCUCUACAUCCCGGCCGUGGGCGCCCACAGGCACCUGACAAGGCCGAGGCAGAGGCUGGGCCGGAUCAACAACGCCGCGUUUGACGACGAGCUUCCGUGGUUUGUGGUGUAUCGUAAAUAG